GGAAUGUAGAUAUCAAUUUCCAGACACAGAUCCCCAUUACUAUUCAAUCAUCGUAGGACGACUGUAUUCUCAUUCUAAACUCAAAUUUUGAUGCGACAACUCAAAAACUGAAUACAAAAUUUCAGCACACAAGUGCCUCACAAGUCUAAAGCACCUUUAAGCCAUGGAAUCGGCCCCAUCGAGCAGUGGCACCGGCUGCAACGUCCCGGCUACGGACACUGAAGAUACUGAAGGCCACGUGAGCGCAACAAAUGCUGAGCAAAAUAAUGGACAGAGUGAUUCGACUACCACUCAACUGGUUCCGGAGGAAGAGGGGGCUGCUGCCUCCUUCAGUUCCACAUCGGACUCCUUGACGGGCAGUUCGCUGCCCAGUGGAAACAUUGCAGAUCUGAACACUGACUCGCCGGCAGCUGGUGGCAGCUCAAGUGGUGCCGCGGAUCGCGAACGCAUCGAUCCGUCCGUCUAUGAGUGCAACAUAUGCUUCGACACCGCCAACGAUGCCGUGGUCACCAUGUGCGGGCAUCUGUUCUGCUGGCCCUGCCUGCACCAGUGGUUCCUGAGGCGCCCCCUGGUGAAGCUGUGCCCCGUGUGCAAGGGUACGAUUGACAAUGACAAGGUCAUACCAAUUUACGGGCGAAAUGCCGAGCAUCAAGUGGAUCCGCGCAACAGGAUCCCCACACGACCUGCUGGCCAGCGCCGAGAACCAAUGACGGCUCGCUUCGGCCUACGUCGCCCCGGUGGCAUUCGCAUGCUCGUUGGCACUCCAACCGCGGAAAACCAGGACGCACAGACACUUUCCAAGAUGUUCAUCUAUGUGGCCUUGAUCUGCAUAGCUUGGCUAUUCUUCUCAUAACUUGACAAAGACCGAUGGAAAACGCACGCACGCACACACACACAAUAACAACAACAACAACAUCAAAAACAAAAACAAAAACAAAAAC